CACGGGGAGUUAAUCCAUGGUAGUACGUUCUGCGCUGCUGAGCUCGGGCACAUCAUGGUGUCUCUGGAUGGACCGGAGUGUUCCUGUGGGAAUCACGGCUGCGUCGAGGCCUACGCAUCCGGGUUAGCGCUGCAGCAAGAGGCGAAGAGGCUGCACGAUGAGGAUAUGCUGCUGGUGGAGGGAAUGAGUUUGAACAACAAGGAACAAGUGAACGCAUCGCAUCUCAUCCAGGCUGCUCGCCUCGGAAACAGUAAAGCAGAGGGAGUGCUCCGGACAGCGAGUACAGCUCUCGGUGUUGCGGUCGUGAACAUCCUGCACACAGUAAACCCGUCUCUGGUGGUUCUGUCUGGUGUUCUGUCUCAGUACUACAAGAGUCCUGUCACAAACUUCAUCAAGCAGCGCGCCCUCUCCUCCACCAGGGAAGUGAAGGUCAUGGUCUCUGACCUUGACAGCCCCGCCCUGCUGGGUGCCGCCAGCAUGGUCCUAGACUACACCACACGCCGCACCUACUGAGAUGCCACGUACCAACACCAAGGGCCAAUCAGACUCAGUGUUUCGUGAAACUUGUGUAUUUGGGAUCAAACCAUUGAGAAGCAGUUGGAAUAGCUGCUCUGGGACUCUGGGCCAAGUCAGGCUGUAAGCCUUGGAGUGUCUCUUCUGAUUGGCUGUGAGCCUUGUAACUUUUCGAUGAGCCUCUGAUGUGUUUUGAGACUUGGCACAAAACCGGUCACAUGUGACACCCUGGAGCCCAUCAGACGCCGCCUACUGAGACAAAAGACCAAUCAGAAUCCUCGCACUUUUUUAAAUUGCUUUCUCUGUUGGUGGUUUUUGUUGUAUUUACUUUUUGUAAUCAUUUGUGCUUGGCUCUGACCCCCCGGCCUUCUCUUGUCGGUGCCUUAACAGUGUUUGCGAUCAAAGAGGAAGGGAACUUUCAUGCUUAGGAAUGUUUCAAGCAGAACAGCUAUGGUGAUCAGUUAGCAUGUGCUAACCGACGCUAGCUUUCAAGAGUUUGUAACAAAUCUAAACGAUGGACGCUUUCUUGUCUCUCGGUUAUGUUUUCCUGGUCUGAUUGACGUUUGUUUCUCAUCACACGACUCAUUCAAAGCUCUGACGAACAGCUUUACAGUAUGUUGAAGAAAGAUGAUGUUACUUCAUCAGUGGGAAUCCUGAGGCUGUGUUCCAGUUCCGUUUCAAACUUUCCCUUGGUUGAGUCCAUUUAGCUGUAUUAAUGUUCUGUUUUUUUAUUACUCGAAGAGAAUGUAAUGAGCGUGUGUAUGAAAAACAGAACUGAAACUCGGCUGCGACUUACUGACGUGCACCAGUGACUUUGGCGGCGAGGGGGUGGCGCUCCCCGUAAAUUCCCAGCUCUUAGUGUUUUGCUUUGCAUCGCAUCAUGACACUGUGCAGUAUUUAGCUUAAUGUACGCUAGCUUUCAGGCAAAUGUCACUGUUGAUUUAUGUAAAACUCAGUAUUUUAUGCUAAUAGCUAUUGAGUUGACGACAUGUUUUUCUGUUGGCUGAUUUUUAGACUGAAAUUGAGCCCGGCCUGUGUUUGCUCAGCUACGCCCAUUAGUCCAUGAGCAUAUAAGUGGUUAAUCCAAUCAGAGGCAAAUUGUUUGUUGUCAGACCGUUGCAUUAAACAGGUUUCCACCAUCA